UUCUUUAAGUACUCUGCCCUUCCUCUCCUCAGACCCUCACAUCUCCAUUAACACACGCAUUCUCUCUCUCUCUCCCCUUCUCAGAGCAGAAUAGGAGUUGGUAUUUAGUGUUGGCAGUAAAGAGAGAGAGAAGAAAAAAAUGGCAGUGGGUAGUGUAAUUUCCAUUGCAACUCUAGUAAUGUCGCUAAUGUGGGUGGCUGAAGCUAGAAUUCCAGGUGUUUACAGUGGUGGUGCUUGGCAAAGUGCUCAUGCAACCUUCUAUGGUGGUGCUGAUGCCUCCGGCACCAUGGGUGGGGCUUGUGGGUAUGGCAACCUGUACAGCCAAGGCUAUGGGGUGAACACAGCAGCGCUGAGCACAGCUCUGUUCAACAAUGGUCUUAGUUGCGGUGCUUGCUAUGAAAUCAAGUGCGCAAAUGAGCCACAAUGGUGUCACUCAGGCAGCCCUUCCAUUUUCAUUACUGCUACAAACUUUUGUCCACCAAAUUAUGCUCUUCCUAAUGACAAUGGUGGAUGGUGCAACCCUCCUCGCCCCCACUUCGACCUCGCCAUGCCCAUGUUCCUUAAGAUCGCCGAGUACCGUUCCGGCAUCGUCCCUGUUGCCUACCGCCGGGUGCCAUGCCGAAAGAGAGGCGGUAUCAGGUUCACCAUCAACGGUUUCCGUUACUUCAAUUUGGUUUUGAUCUCCAAUGUCGCGGGUGCAGGGGAUAUCGUGAAGGUUAGCGUGAAGGGUUCGAGGACUGGGUGGAUGAGCAUGAGCCGUAACUGGGGGCAAAACUGGCAGUCAAAUGCUGUUCUUGUUGGUCAGUCACUCUCCUUCAGGGUGACGGGCAGUGAUAGACGCACUUCCACUUCAUGGAACAUAGUCCCAGCCCACUGGCAGUUUGGUCAAACGUUCACCGGAAAGAAUUUCAGAGUCUGAUUUCAAUUAAUUUAAUUUUAACCAAAUCCCAAAAAGAAAAAUUCCCGUCAUAAUCUAUAUCCAUUUAUUGCCCUUUUUGGUUCAAUUGUUUUUUAAAGCAGCAGCAGCUUAUUUUGACAUGGGUAUUUGGGCAUCAGGGGAACGGACUAAAAAGAGAGUGAAAACGGGUUAUUUUUGAGGUUAUGCUUGGUGGGUUUGGUGUGCUAAGUUGUGAAGCUUUUAGGGGUUGAAGCGGCUAAACAAAAAUUGUAAGCCCGCAGCCCUUAUAUUAUAAUACUAGUCUUAUUUGUUUUUACCUAAUCUUAUAUAGUGUAUGAUGAUGGGUAUACAUUUGAGAAGUGUAUUGUACUAAUUUAUAGUUGAAUUUGCAAGAUAUUUGGUUUGUCUUCUA